CACUUCAUUGCUUCCUCCCCUGCUCUCGUCACUCCGAGGAGGCCAAUGGCCUACGCCGACGAGAAGCCCUCUCUCAAAUCGGACCACGACGUAGACCCGAUCGCUUCGAUCUCCCGCUCCUGCCAAUCCUCCGGUGCUGGGGAUGCCGAGAGGAUCGAGAGCCAGUUCGCAGUCUUCACACUCGCUGAUGAGCUACCCAAGCCUUCGGGGUGGGACGAUGGCCCCGUCCUCGGUUUCUCCGGCGGCGAUGAGAUCACCGGCGAUAAAGUUCCGGUGCCGGCGAGGCCCGAUUCGAGGCCUCGGUUUCCGCGGCGUCCGCAGGAACCGGAUUGUGCUUACUACUUGAAGUUCGGGACUUGCCGCUUCGGGAUGAAGUGCAAGUUCAACCACCCGGCGCGAAAGAAGAAGAAUAGGGUGAAAUCGAGUGGAAGUAGCGGCAGCGGGAGCAACAGCAGCAUUAAUAAAGCUUCUUCGCCCAAUGGUGAUCAGAUUGGCUCUGUGACUGCUGAAGAGGUUGUGACUGCUGAAGAGACUCCUAGAGAAGAAUAUGAAGAUCUUGUUCCAGAUAUAUCAGCUCAAGUAGAUACGUUGGGCUUUGUUGACAAGGAGAAUACAUCUUACUUAGGAAACCUUAAGAAGACAUCAUAUGAGGUUGAGAUUCUGAAGGUCGCCAAGGAGAACAGAAAGGAAACUGCUUCAGAAGGUAGUGCUCGGGAGGAAUGUAAGUAUUAUUCAAUGCCUGGAGGAUGCAAAUUUGGGGAAUCUUGCAAAUACAUACAUUGUGAAGGGAAAGAAAGGAAAACAGAAGCUGAAAAUGCUGACCUGAAUUUUCUAGGUCUUCCACUCCGUCCAGGAGCAAAAGAGUGUCCUUACUAUAUGCGCACUGGAAGCUGCAAAUUUGCCACUAAUUGCAGGUUUCACCAUCCAGAUCCUACUAAUAUGGCUUCAACAGAUUCAAUGUUGGAGCAUGAGAAUGGGGAUAUUCCACAGAAAAAUAUUCAAGGAUCCUCUCAGCUUAAUGUUUCAAUAUGGCAUGCUGACCAGAGGGCAUUGAAUGAGCACCAUGCUCCUUUUUUAGCUCCAGCACCGUCAUACAGCGUGGGAAUGAUUCCACCUCAAGGAAUGUAUCCGUCUCCAGAAUGGAGUGGGUAUCAUCAGGUCCCAUUGGGCCCGUAUUACCCUCCUGGUAUCUCUUUUCAUCCUUUUCCAGCUCCUCCUGUUAAUCAUCCUAUGUACAGGGGAGCAGAUGUACUUGGACAUCAGCAAGUUCCUUCCGAUGAAUACCCUGAGAGACCUGGCCAACCUGAAUGUCAACAUUUUGUUAAAAGUGGGUUUUGCAAGUUCAGGGGAAAGUGCAAGUAUCACCAUCCAAGCUUACUUGUGCCUCCACAACCAGCAGGAGCUCUUAGCCCUCUCGGCCUGCCACUCAAGCCUGACCAUCCUGUCUGCACAUACUAUGAACGCUAUGGAGUCUGCAAGUUUGGUCCAGCUUGCAUGUACAAUCACCCCUUCAAUUUCGGCCAUCCUUUACCGGCAGUAGCGCCACCUCUCUCCGCCCAAUACCUCACUUCAGGAAACAACACGGUCUAGCAAGCACGGACGAUAAUUUUCGGCAGUUCGCAUGAUGCUUGGAAUAAACUACCACUUGUAAAAUAGCGCAGCUGAAAGAGAGUGUACAAAUGGAGGCCAAGCUACAUGUAGCUCUUUAUUUUCAAAAAAUCGGAAUCAUGUUUUAAGUUUCAAAAAAAAUUGAAAAAAAAUCCUAGAUGUAGCCAAGAUGGAAUCUACAAACAUGCAAAAUUUAAUUUGAAAUUCUUAGUACUUCAGACUAAUAAAAAAUGAUAAAUGUGUGGAUCUGAGAAUAGUGAAUAGUGCACAUUUCAAACUAUAAAAUCUGUCAGAUUUUUUUCAUUUUUGUGUAGUCUAUAAUACAAAUAAUUUCACAUUGAGAUUUUACACGUUUGUAGAUUUUUAUCAUUGUCUACAUCUAAUUUUUUUUCAGAUUUUUUUAAACUUAAAAUUAUAAUUUCUGAUUAUUUUUGAAAAUAAAGGGCUACAUUUAGCUCGGCCUCUGUUUGCGUGAAAGUUGCAAGUGGGCUUUACAUAUUGAUUGUAGAGGUCUGGCUUACAAGUUGCAA